CCUCGACGGGCUAUCUCGUCGGGUGCUCACUUUCUAGGAGGAUUUCUUUAUGGUUACCGUCGUUUGCACUCUGAAGCAGCGGGCCUGGUGAAGGAACGUGCAGACAGCCUGUCUCAGCCCUAAGCGAUGGAAUGCUCCCUGCACCCACCAUUACUCAUCUCCAAUCCUUGGACUGAGCUCCAAACGUUUAGUUAGCGGCUGUGCUUCUCCCCUCGAACUCUUCACAACCAGGGGACGAAGAAAAGGAGCGAGCUUACAAAUAAAAGUCCUCCGCAAAAAAAAAUAAAUAAAUAAAACAAAACGCACAAAGCACCUCAGUUUAGAGUCCAUAAGCUAGUUUUUUUAUUAUUAUAAUUAUUAUUAUUAAUUUGUUUAUUGUUUGCCCUGUGGAUUCCUUUGGUGAAAUCAUAUCAAGAUGGAUCUGGAAGCAUAUCUGUGGAUGGUUAUUAUUGGCUUCAUCAUUGCCUUCAUCCUGGCGUUUUCGGUGGGAGCCAAUGAUGUGGCCAACUCCUUCGGGACGGCAGUGGGCUCCGGCGUGGUCACGCUGAAGCAGGCCUGCAUCCUGGCGUCCAUAUUCGAGACGCUGGGCUCAAUGCUGCUGGGGGCGAAGGUGGGCGAGACCAUACGGAAGGGCAUCAUCGACGUCAGCCUGUACAACGACACGGUGCCCGUGCUCAUGGCAGGGGAGGUCAGCGCCAUGGUCGGGUCGGCGGUCUGGCAGCUCAUCGCCUCCUUCCUCAGAUUGCCCAUCUCUGGCACCCACUGCAUCGUGGGCUCCACCAUCGGCUUCUCCAUGGUGGCCAUCGGCACCAAGGGAGUGCAGUGGAUGCAGCUUGUUAAGAUUGUGUCAUCGUGGUUCAUCUCCCCCCUGCUCUCUGGACUCAUGUCUGGACUCCUCUUCCUCCUCAUCAGACACUUCAUCCUCAACAAGGAUGACUCUGUCCCGAACGGGCUGCGAGCCCUGCCCCUCUUUUACGCCUCCACCAUAGGGAUCAACACCUUCUCCAUCAUGUACACUGGAGCCCCAUUGCUUGGGUUAGAGAUGCUACCAGUCUGGGCCAUCUUUCUCAUCACUCUAGCUGGGUCGCUCGUCUGUGCUGCUCUGGUCUGGAUAUUCGUGUGUCCAUGGAUGCGGAGGAAAAUAGCAAGUCGCCUCAAGAAGGAGCAGGCCCUGUCCAGGAUCUCUGAUGAGAGCCUGGACAAGAUCCCCGAGGAGGAGGAAGAGAGCCCGGUCUUUAAGGAACUUCCGGGGGCCAAAGGCACAGAUGAAGCUGUGUUGCCGCUCACCGGAGGCAGCAGUGACCGAGGCACCCGCAACUCCAGCGGAGAGCUCAGCAACCUCGCCAACGGAGGCACUGUCCUACCGAACGGCAGGGUGUAUGGCCGGACUCACUCCAUGACUAACGGCUGCCUCAAGUCACCGGUCUCCAACGGCAGCUUCAGCUUCGAUGGCCACAUGCGCAGCGAUGGCCAGGUCUACCACACAGUGCACAAGGACUCGGGUCUGUAUAAAGACCUGCUCCACAAAAUCCACCUGGGCCGCCUGGACGAUAGCGAACGCUCAGGCUCCAACGCCGGCCCGCCUGACAACAACUACCGCCUGCUGCGCCGCAACAACAGCUACACCUGCUACACAGCCGCCAUCUGCGGCAUGCCCGUCCAGCCGCUCAUGCGCACCGAGUCACGCGAAGACAGCGAGAAGCUGGUGGGCGAAGGAAGCGGGAGGAGCAACAGCGUGUCCUACUCCAAGAAGCGGGUGCGCUACGACAGCUACUCGUCGUACUGCAAUGCCGUGGCGGAGGCUGAGAUCGAGGCGGAGGAGGGCGGCGUGGAGAUGAAGCUGGCCACGGAGCUGGAGGGGGUGGAGGAAGGAGGGGCGCCGGCACCGGUGCCUCUGGACGACUUGGGCGAUGAGGAUCGUGAGGAGAAGGACAAGCCCGAGGUGUUCCUGCUCUUCCACUUCCUGCAGAUCCUCACCGCCUGCUUCGGAUCCUUCGCCCAUGGUGGCAACGAUGUCAGUAAUGCCAUUGGGCCACUGGUGGCGCUCUGGAUGAUCUACGACCAGGGCGGUGUGAUGCAGGACGCUGCUACCCCAGUCUGGCUGCUCUUUUACGGCGGUAUCGGCAUCUGCGCUGGCCUGUGGGUGUGGGGCCGCCGUGUUAUCCAGACCAUGGGAAAGGACCUGACUCCCAUCACCCCCUCCAGUGGAUUCACUAUUGAACUGGCUUCUGCACUCACUGUCGUGUUGGCUUCCAAUAUCGGAAUCCCUGUCAGUACCACACACUGCAAGGUGGGCUCGGUGGUGGCCGUGGGUUGGAUCCGCUCCCAGAAGGCGGUGGACUGGCGCCUCUUCCGCAACAUCUUCCUGGCCUGGUUCGUCACAGUGCCCGUGGCCGGCCUGUUCAGCGCCGCCAUCAUGGCCCUGUUCGUCUACUGCAUUCUGCCCUACGUCUGAGGGCGCUAGGCAGGGAGGGAGAGCGGAGGAGGGAGAGGAAGAGAGAGAGAGAGAGAGGGAGAGAGAGAGACCUGGAGGAAAAUUAGAGCUCGAGUGUCGAAGGCAUGCAGACAGAGGAAAAGGAUGCAGAUAGCGGAGGGAAAUGAAGAGAGGGAAUGGAUGAAGGAUGAAGGAGUUAGGAGACAGGAAAGAAGAGAAGGAGGGGACAAGAGAGGGAGGAGAGGUAAAGAGACGGACUUGGUUGUACUGUGGAGGGUGAGGAGGGUUGGUUCACAUGCUGCCUGGCUCAGUAGUCCAGAGAUCGUUUUAACUCAUUGGAGUUUCCGAUCUGUUUUUGUUUAAUUUAUUCUCUUUUCUUUAUCCUUUUUUCUUUGCAUAAGAAAGUGUGUAUCCAAUGUGUCCAUCCUACCAAUCAACCUGCUGUACAUAUAAGACAAUAAUAGGGGUUUAUCGAUAGCCGAUUUUUAAUGUGGUGGAUUGGAGAAAUGAAUGCAGCAAUUUCCUUGUUUCCUCAUUAGAAAACAUGGACUUAAAAAAAAAAAAACACACCAGUAAUAAUGGUAACAAAAAAGUAACAAAAAACACAAUAACAGGUUAAUUUUGCACAAAUAAGUGACAUGCCUGCAUAUCUAGAAACAUUUAUCCUUUGCGUUCCUGCUGCCUGCAAACCCAGGUAGCAUAGAUGGUCCAGUACCUACUAUUCUGGAAAAAAAAAAUAAGAAGAAAACUGUAAAUACUGUAAUAUUGGAUUAACUGAGUGUGGUUUGUUGUAUUGCAGCUUGCUUUACGGUUAAAAAAAAACAAACAAACAAACAAAACACACAAAAAAAAAGACGUGCGUGUGGUCAACCAACCCAUCCUUCAUCUCAUCCUAACAUGCUAGCCAGGAAGGUACAACUGGGGCCAACAGAGAGGAAGCCUCAGAGAGGGGAGGGGGGGAGGGGGGUGGGCUGUCGGUCUGCUUUCAUUUUCUACAUGAUACUAUCGAAAACCUGAUUUGUAAAAGAAGAGGUGAUUAUAUCAAGAGCUCCUUUAUGUUUUAGAGAUGGAUAUCAUAUUUUUUAACGAUGUACUAUACUGUAAUUUGUACUGUAAAUACUGUCCUCAAGAAUUUGAGGGGGAGGGGUGGGGGCCAUAAUGUUUUUGUUUUUUUUUUCAUCUCCUUAACGUUGUAUCAGAGGUGCCUGUUUGCCUCGCCUCUUCAUGAUGUCAUACAUAUGCAUCACCCCUGACACUAAGGCAGAAACACACACACACACACACACACACACACAGGCUUAUCAGCUGGCUGCUGGGUUUCUGAGGUCGACAGAAGAACAUUGACCGCGUUGAACUUUUGCCAGUAAAAGCUCCUCUCAUCUAAAAGCGGCGUUUAAAGUGCAAGUAAAAUGAUCUGACCUCUUCACAACAGACAAAAAAAUAAAUAAAUAAAUAACAGCCACUUUGCUGAUGACCCUCAGGGGAUACGCCAUUUCUUCCAGUUUUAUCGUGCCGGUAAUUUUCCUGCAGACUCGACAGUAUUGACAGAAAGUUCUCCAAGCUUGACGCGUUUCCCUCCGGAAAGGCGAGACAGUCGAAGAGAGUCGCACCAUGCCAAAGUUAAGCUGAGACACCCGUCGCCAUAUCAGCAUGCCAACGUUCAUGUAGAAUCGUGAUGUGUAGGUGCAGCCGAAGCCAAAAUCUGGGGAGGGAUGGGGCCGGCGGAGGGAGACACAUAUGCACACGGACGAGGUCCCGCGUGUGACCUCUGAUGACCUCUGUAGUCGUAAGGUUUAACCACAGGAGCCGCCGUGUGCUCCCUAACACCGAGGCCUCCUGACCUCUGCAGUGCCCAUAUUCAGAACAUCUCACAUCGCCUAACUCUGUUUGCCAGUGAAGCAAACUGUCCUUUAAUCCUGGAUUUAUCAGCCUGUAGUCCUUAAUCUCAGUCUCAUAUCGUGCUAAAUCAAAGGCGGUUCUCCAGCGUAGCCCCUGUUUCCGAGCCCCAUCAUGUCAGGCGGCGGUCUGCCGUGUCAUAUCAAACAUGAUUCAGCCAAACUUUGUUUCCUUACAACUUCACACACACACACACAAACACACACACACACACUUAGCCACACUUCGGUAGGCCGAGAGAGCGGGACUGACUUGAGUUGUGAUUGAGCUCCAGCCGCAUGUGUAGCCAUUCAAAAACGGGCUCUUUGAAGGGGAAAAGCGCCGAGGCCGAUGAUUAUCUGAAUUUGCAUCUUGAAGCGCUAAAGGUUAGAAAUCGGCGAACGCGGCGUGGUUAGAUGUCACUUAAUGUCACGGGGUAAAGUUACAGCGGCCCAGUGUCGGGGUGUAGAAGCCACUCGGUCAUGGAGAGAUCACAAGGAUCAUUAUUUUUGAUUGAGAUGGCAUCGGGGGGAUAGGAACUGAUCAUCACCAGCUUUUCAACCGGGUCACCUGACCUGUAGAUGAACAAAAUCUAAAGCUUUUUUUUUUCUUUUUUUUUCUUUUUUUUUAUUAUUAUUAUUUGAACAAACCCAACGUGAGGUGUUGCAGGUUCUUUUCUUUGUUGUGUGUUUCUUAAUUUUGUUUUUUUUUUUUUUCCUCAUGAACAAAUCUAUGCUUAAGUGGCCACUUGCCUUGUAACGUUGUGUUUUUACUGUGUGCAGAUACAGUAAAUAAUUAAGUACUGUGGUGUUUACAUCGUAACCAUUUCGUAGAGUAUCUUAAAAAAAAAACUGUUGCCUAAUGAUGCCAAUGAAAGACAAACUAUUAACCAUGAAUUUAAGUGCAAGAAAAAAAAUAACCAGAAGUGUCUAGAGAGAGAGAGAGCGAGCGAGCGAGCGAGCGAGCAAGUGUGCGCGCGAAAUGACUCAAUGUCCUCGUUUUUGUUUUUGUUUUUUUUUUUGUUUGUUUUGACGUAGUAGUAGUGCUAAUCAUGAUCCCAGAGUCACUUUACACUGCUACUACAACACGUUAACACUACAUGUAUGGGUGCAAUUCAAUAAUGAAGAGAAUAAAUAGAGAAAUUUCAUCAAGACUAUAUAUUUUUCUACCAUAUCUGAGUUUUAAUCUGGGUGAGCUACCAGACACUUUGGAGGACACGUGGCGGCUCGAUGGGAAGUCGGCGAGUUAUAAGACUGAUCGUGACAAAACCCUGGCAGACGGUCUUAUUUCCUCUCUCUGGUGCCAUGUGCCACAGACCCGCUCAGCCCAGUGUGUUCUUUUAACAUGUAGAUUGAUGUGUCGGUUGCCAAUAGAUCAGAUUUUUAAAUUACCAUUUUUAUUUUUGAAUUUUAGACGAAAACACUUUGUAAUUUUGUUUCCCUACUGCUUUCAUCAUGAACUGUGAGAGUGGGACGUCAGCGCCUUGCCAAAACCAGGAAAACGGAUCUGUGGGACGGUCUGAGGACUCCUUCCUCGAUGGAGGCCUGGGAAUGGGCAGCAGUAGAAACAAGAAAAGUUAUGGAAAUAAAUCUUGAUUUUUUUUGAGAAGCUGAAAAAGUGUGUGUGUGUGGGAGGGAGGGGGUUCCUCGUCUUGACAGUUGACCUCCACUCUUGAAGCUCAUACCUUUUUCCUUUUUUUCGAAGUGGUGUGUUGCACAGGGGGCUGCACAGACCUGCGGUGUGAGAUUCUUGAUAGACUCUUAUUACAAUAUAAAUGCAAGAAUGGACCAUUUAAAAAAAAAAUCCCAUCAUGCACAAGGUGUCUAGCCUAAUAUAGAUCAUACUUUCCCAUCAUUUUUCAAUCAAGUGUGAAUUGUGCAGUCCAUUUGGCUUGGGCAUGAAUUACUGUAACCUUCUCACUUUGCAAAAUCAUCUUUGUCUCUUUCUAAAAAGGAAUAACAACUCGGAAAAAAAAAUUAUCUGUAAAAUUCAUAAGAUUCAGCUCCAUUGCAUGGGAUUUUUUUUUUUCUUUUGCUUUGCCUGGUCAAGCAAAGGCUGAAAUCCUCCGUGUCCCUCCAUGUUGGACUGCGAGGUUUCUUUACAAGCCUCAGCCCUUCAGAUGUCCGAUUCUCUGAUUUAUGUGGCACACAAAUCAGUACACCACCAGGCUCUGCAGACCCCCUCUGGAACCCACACAGUCAUUUUUUUUUUCCUCCAUGCAUUCUCAGUCCUGAUAGGCCGAAAGGGAUGCACUGCUCAAGAUAGAGAGGGACAGCAUUUUUGACCAAUCAGUAUCAACUCAUCAGUAUGAAUCCAGUGGUGUGAUUGCCAUUGAGGGAGUUACCGUGCCUCUGUUGCAGCGUAACUGUUCGCCCCUCUCUAGAGAUCACUACAGAAACAGAAUGUGCAGUGUUUUCUCCCUGAAUGUGCAAUAAAAGCUGUUUCUUGUGAAGGUGCUACUACAUUGCUGUCACUCAGUGGUUGUGUAGGUCCACCUAACCUGGUGUAAUGGCGCCCUCUCCUGUUUGCGUGGCAUUACCACCACCUCACCAAGGUGGAAGGGCAUCAAUUUUGACCUUCAUCUGGAUGUGGCGUGCUGUCUCUAGCUAGUUUUCCGGUUCGUCUUGUAAUAGACUGUGCUCCUUGGCUGGCCUGCAGGCUUUACAGCUCUGUGUUGUCUUUUUACUGUUUGCUAUUUAACUGUCCAGUCCUUCAGAGGAAAAAAAAUACAAAAAUGUAUCAAAAAAAAAAAAAAAAAGAAAGGAAAAAGUAGCCUGGGCUUCUACAAAAUCUUAAAGCUCUUCUGAUUUGCAUAUAUCGUACUGUAAUGUUGUUUUAUUUAAAAAUUUUAGU